GCUCUCUGCAGCAUUCAUUCAAUCUGAGCAUCUGGUGAUUCGUGCAUGUUCCGUCUGUCGGUUCCAGGUUCCUUUUUACUCUGUCUAUCUUACCGGGAGAGGCGGUAUUACCAUUGGUAGUCACCAUUAGUUACCUAUUAGUUAGUAGGUACCUCCUACCUAAGGUACUCCGUACCUGUUACUAGGUAACUACCUGUUCCCUGCUCCAGACGGUUCAAUAGUCAAGACUGACAAUAGAGUCUUAUUGUCUACCUACUCUUACUAGGUAGGUAUUAGGAUAUACCACAAUUUUACCAGUAAGUAAUGCUCGGUAUUCUUCAAUCCUGGACUAGCCAUUGUCACUCACCGGAACCCACCAAUUUCAUGGUGUCAUGACAAUGAAUGGCCUGACAAAACAGAAGAUCUCAGGUUUGACGUACUCCGUAUGGUCCGGGUCUGGAGAACGGGGGAGAAGAAGAAGAAAGACAGAGAAUGCGAUGGUUGUACCUGACGUCCUCCGUAAGAAGAAUCACCCGCUGCAGACGGCGAACAGACCCUGGUCGGUCUCCCUCCUCUUCGCUGCUCUUCUGGCCGUCAUCUUGAGCCACUUUCUGCGGCCGACAACGUUGUUGUCCUUCUGUUCCUUCUGUUCCUUCUGUUCCUGCUGGUCUCCUGGUCCCGGUGAAGAUAAACCACUCGUUGUGGCCCGCCCGUCCAGCGCUGACCUCAUCGUCCACCCCUCCUCGUCAUUGUCAUCUCCAGACCUCCUGCAACCCCACCAGCUUCUUCUUUAUCAUUCGCCUUCCUGCCUGCUUCGUGGCUCGUGCUCCGCUUCUGUCUCUCUUUCCUCCUCCUCUUCUUCUUCUUCUUCUAUUCUGCUAAACGACGACUUCCCUUCCUCUCGCCAUCCUCCCUCGUCGCGCUUCUGUCCCAACCCACACCCCGCUUCCCGUCUUCCCUCUGUCCUCCUCACCACCAUGUCGUCCUCCUCCUCCUCCUCUCCUGUGGUGGAAGAAGCCAAGCGUAUCGCGCGAGAGUUCGAUUACCCCGCCGAGCGCGUGCAAGUGGGUGUCAAGGAGUACAUCCGUCAGAUGAAUGAAGGUCUGGCCGCAGAACACACGACUUUGAGCCAGAUCCCGAGUUUUGUGACGGCAGUUCCGAAUGGCACCGAAAAGGGCCUCUACUUGGCUGUAGACCUGGGUGGUACCAACUUCCGCGUGUGCUCGGUUGAUCUCCAUGGCGAUAGCACAUUCUCCCUCACGCAGUCGAAGAUCAUGAUUCCCCGCGAACUCAUGGCGUCGGGCACCGCCAAGGAUCUCUUCGUCUUCCUGGCCCGUCAGAUCGAGGCCUUUCUUCGCAUCCACCACAACGACCAUUUCGAGGCACACAUCCGACGGAGGAGCCUGGGGCAGACGGAGCAGGAGCUGUUCGACUUGGGCUUCACCUUCAGCUUCCCCGUUCGCCAGAUGGGCAUCAACAAGGGAACUCUGAUUCGCUGGACGAAAGGCUUCAACAUCCCCGAUGCCGUCGGCCAGGACGUGUGUGCGCUGCUGCAGUCGGCCAUCGACGAACUCGGCCUGCCCGUGCGCGUCGCGGCUCUGGUCAACGACACCGUCGGCACCCUCAUGGCCCGCUCCUACACCUCUCCCGGCAAGACCGGCACCCUGAUCGGCGCCAUCUUCGGCACCGGCACCAACGGCGCCUAUGUCGAGCGACUCGACAAGAUCACCAAGCUCGAGCAGUUCCCCGACGCCCACUACGACAGGUCCACCAGCGAGAUGGUCAUCAAUGCCGAGUGGGGCAGUUUCGACAACCAGAUGAACGUCUUGCCCACCACCCUCUACGAUGACGCUCUCGACGCCGACAGCAACAACCCGGGCAUCCAGAUGUUCGAGAAGCGCGUCUCGGGCAUGUUCCUCGGCGAGAUCCUGCGCCGCGCCCUCGUCGCCAUGCACAGAGACCCCGCCGUCGGUCUGCUCAAGGCCGCCGGCCGCUCCAAGGUCGUCGUCCCCCAAGACUCCGCCCUCUACAAGCAGUGGGGCAUCGAUACCAGCUUCCUCAGCUUGGUCGAAGCAGACAACACCCCCGGUCUGGUGGAGGUCAAGGUCGCCCUCAAGGACCACCUCCGUGUCGAUGACCCCAGCUACGAAGACUCCCAGGCCGUCAAACUGCUCGUCCACGCCAUCGGCAAGCGCGCCGCUCGCCUCAGCGCCGUCCCCCUGGCCGCCAUCCUCCACCACACCGGCAAACUGCAAACCGAAGAUCUGGUCGACAUCGGCGUCGACGGCAGCCUGGUCGAAUUCUACCCCAACUUCGAGGGCUAUAUCCGCGAAGCCCUUCGCCAAGUCCCCGAGAUCGGUCCCGAGGGUGAGAAGAAGGUUCGCAUCGGCAUUUCCAAGGAUGGCAGUGGUGUCGGCGCAGCCCUGAUUGCCCUCGUUGCCAAACAGGAGGACCACCACGUCCAGCAUCAAUAAAUGAAAAAAAAAAAAAAAAAAAAAAAACCAGCCAUUAUCUCUUUUCCAUACCCGCAUACGACUAAUUCGCCU